CAGUCUACCCACAUUGCUCGAGCCAGCUUCCAGGUUGAUGCUUUUGGGUCAUCCUUCAUCCUGGAUGUAACGCUAAACCAGGAGGAGAACACUGCUAUUAUCAGGGAAAAAUUCGAGGAAAUCCAGUAUCAUUUGUUGCCUUGUCAACAUGCCAUGGACUACAUGGGAUGUUCUAUGAUGGAAAUCAUACUUACCUUAUUGAACCAGAUGAAAACUACACUUCAAAUGAUGACUUCCAUUCCCACUCUGUUUACAAAUCCAAGUUGUUUGAGUUUCCUUUGGAUGACUUGCCAUCUGAGUUCUGGCACAUGAAUGCUACAUCACAGAAGUUUGUUGUAAAGCCAAGACACAAAAGAAGGAGAAGGCAGGUUCGUCAGAUUCCACGUAAAAUUGAAGAAGAAACAAAAUACAUUGAGUUAAUGAUUGUAAAUGAUCAUCUAAUGUGUAAAAAGCACCGCUUAUCUGUUGGCCUCACAAACAGCUAUGCUAAGUCAGUUGUGAACAUAGCAGAUUUAAUAUAUAAAGAACAGCUUAACACCAGGAUAGUAUUGGUUGCCAUGGAAACCUGGGCUACUGAUAACAAGUUCACCAUAUCUGAAAACCCCUUGGUGACCCUGCGUGAGUUUAUGAAAUAUAGGAGGGAUUUUAUCAGAGAGAAAAGUGAUGCAGUUCACCUUUUUUCGGGGAGUCGAUUUCAGAGCAGUCGAAGUGGUGUAGCCCACACUGGUGGAAUCUGCUCCUUGCUUAAAGGCGGAGGUGUGAAUGAGUUUGGAAAGCCUGAUUUAAUGGCAGUUACCCUGGCACAGACGUUGGCCCAAAAUAUUGGCAUUUUCUCAGACAGAAGAAAACUAAUAAGUGGUGAGUGUAAGUGUGAGGACACCUGGUCUGGAUGCAUAAUGGGAGACACGGGGUAUUAUCUUCCAAGCAAGUUCUCCCAGUGCGAUAUUGAAGAGUAUCACGAAUUUUUAAACAACGGAGGUGGAGCUUGUCUUUUCAAUAAGCCAACCAAGCUUCUGGAUCCUCCAGAAUGUGGCAAUGGCUUCGUGGAAGAUGGAGAAGAGUGUGACUGUGGGACGACAGCAGAGUGUGCCAGCGAAGGAGGAGAGUGCUGCAACACCUGCACGCUGACGGCGGGCUCCCAGUGCAGCAAUGGGCUCUGCUGUCGGAAGUGCCGGUUUGAACCUAAGGGAGUUUUGUGCCGAGAAGCAGUGAAUGAUUGUGAUAUUGCAGAGAACUGCACGGGAAACUCCAGUCAGUGUUCUCCCAAUAUUCAUAAAAUGGAUGGAUAUUCAUGUGAUAACAGGCAGGGCAUUUGCUUUGGAGGAAGAUGUAAAACCAGGGACCGACAGUGUAAAUACAUCUGGGGUGAAAAAGUGUCAGCUGCUGACAGGUACUGCUACGAGAAGCUGAAUAUUGAAGGGACUGAGAAAGGAAACUGUGGAAGAGACAAGGACUCUUGGAUACAGUGCAAUAAACAGGAUGUGCUUUGUGGAUACCUUCUGUGCUCAAAUAUAUCUAGUGUGCCCAGACUUGGAGAACUUGAAGGUGAAAUCACCUCAUCAGUCUUGCAGUUUGGAAAAGUCUACACUUGCAGUGGUGGGCAUGUGAAGCUGGAUGAGGAGACAGACCUGGGCUAUGUGGAGAACGGGACACCGUGUGGGCCAAACAUGGUGUGCCUUGACCAUCGCUGCCUUCCCAUCGAAUCCUUCAACUUCAGCACCUGCCCAGGCACCACAGAUACCCAGAUCUGUUCAGGACACGGUGUUUGUAGCAAUGAAAUAAAGUGCGUCUGUGACCGAUUCUGGGGAGGAGAUGACUGCAGUACUCGCAUCAAAGAUGAUGUAUUUUUUUAUAAAGAUGCCAUCAACAGAGGUGUUGUUAGCACAAACAUAAUAAUAGGGGCUAUUGCUGGCACCAUUUUAGUGUUGGCUCUCGUUUUAGGAAUAACUGCUUGGGGUUACAAAAACUAUAGAAGACAGAGACAAAUACCCCAGGGAGAUUAUGUAAAAAAGCCCGGAGAGGCCGACUCUUUUUAUAGCGACAUGCCUCCUGGAGUCAGCACAAACUCUGCAUCUAGUUCUAAGAAGAGGUCUGCUUUUCUGUCGCAUUUUCAGAUUUCUACCUGUUCCAUCACCCAUUAUUCCAUUAGUCAGAACAUUUCAUUGUUUUGCAGCAGGUCAAAUGGAUUAUCUCAUUCCUGGAGUGAAAGGAUCCCAGACACAAAGCAUAUUUCAGACAUUUGUGAGAAUGGAAGGCCUAGGAGUAAUUCUUGGCAAGGUAAUAUAGGAGGAAACAGAAAGAAAGUCAGAGGCAAAAGAUUUAGGCCACGGUCUAAUUCAACUGAGUAUUUAAACCCAUGGUUCAAAAGAGAAUAUAAUGUAGCUAAGUGGGUAGAAGAUGUGAAUAAAAACACUGAAGGACCAUACUUUAGGACACUGUCUCCUGCAAAGUCCCCAUCUUCAUCCACUGGAUCUAUUGCUUCCAGCAGAAAAUACCCUUACCCAAUGCCACCACUUCCUGAUGAGGAGAAGAAGGCAAACAGGCAAAGUGCCAGGCUAUGGGAGACUUCCAUUUAGCUGCACCAUUUUCCUGGGAUGACGAAAGAACUGUUUACUUCAAAUUUUGUACAAACUCAGCACCACUGAGUUGUUGCACAUUCAUCUGCUCUUCAGCCAAUUCGAAAGAUCGACACAGAUGCCCGUGACCACAUUGAGAACCUCCUCUCAUCUGGAAGGGAAAAAAACAGUCUCUUUGUUUCUUUUCUUUUCUUUCUUUCUUUCUUUUUUUUUUUUUUUUGAUCAAGCAGAAUUUUAUGGAUUUGAUGUAAAGAUCAACCAAAACCAUCCCACCUACCAGGGGACCAUUAUAUGGACGUGACGAGGCUGUUCCGCACAGUACCAGACACGCUCACCCCACAUCCCGCCGGGGUUGGGGUUUUCCCCUGGCUUAGUGCAGCUCCAGGUCACACUGGCCAGCCUUGGGAACGGACACUCAGGAGAACCUGGCCGAUGUAAACUUGUACGCUGUGUGCAUGAACCUUGUGUUCUUUACUUUCCACAUGUAAGGGAUAAACAACAUACUGUAGUAGAAAUUAGCAUGCAGGAAUAAGAAAUAUAGGAUUUUUUUGUGACAGGAUUUCAAGCUUUGAAAGGCAACUCUUCGAACCUAAACAUCAAACAAAUAAGGAUUAUAUCUUUUUUUUUUUACCUUACGUGUUUAUAAUCUCAGUAUACAGAUUGUAUAUAUGUAAACAUUUGAUAAUGUCAAAAAUAGCUGUUAUACAUUGGUGUAUUUUGCCAAAUGCCUAAAGAAACAUGACUAACAUAAUCACACUUCAGAUUUUCUAAUAUAUGAGCAGACAACUUUGGAAAUACAGAAAGUACAGUACUGUAAAACCACAUCUCAGAAACUGGUGUUUGACCAAAAUCUGUUCUGUCUUCUAAGUAACUGACAAUCUCAAUUGUAUGGUGGAACACAGGAACCAGUACAGUGGCACUUUGUCUUAAAUCAUUGUAAGGGGAAGCAGCCAAAAAGCGCUGUUCAGUGAGAUGACCCGACCUGACACCGGGGGUGGUCAGGCAUGGUCCCAUAGACAACAGAGACAGAGCUUUGAACUAACAUGCAGUACAAACUGCCUGGAAAUCUGGGAAUACUUCUACAUAGUCAAUUCAGGAUGUGGUGAUGUGAAGUCCUUCUGGCAAGACUUGCUGUGUAUUUCUGAUAGAGCACUUCAGAUGCUGUUUUGGAUGAGAAAGUAUAACUUAUGAGAAGCCUAACAAUUUCACUGCACUAGAUAAUACCAAUGCUGGGCAAGUGGCCAGUUUCAUUGCUGUCUUUUCAUUUGUUUCUGGAGUCUCCUUCACCAUGUGCUCAACUGCUCUGCUUGCUGCCCCUGAAGGUCCCCUUGAAAUUUCUGGGGGGCCAUAAACUGAGUACAAGUGAGUUUAGUGUAAAAAAUGGAAAAAAAUCUCAACACUUUUACCAUGGAGAUGUUUGUCUCCUGAAUAAAUGGAUAGUUAGAUUUCGAAUUCUGAGACUUCUAAAGGGUGUCUGUUGUAAAACAAAGGUGGACAUUUCCAUUCAGUAAGAAAACUGGACCAUGUUAAAUCAAUUAUAAUUCUUCAGCUCUCCAAAAAUGAUAAAUCCUUAGCUUCAAGUAGUGCCAUUACAGAACAACACACCUGAUUCUGUGUGGUGCAGUUGAAUACCUUAUCCAACAGCCGAAUUAUCAAUUAGAUAUUAUCCCGAUGGGAACAUCUGCAGUGUUUCUGAAUCUUCUACCUCUUUCAUGCAUUUCCUUUAAGAAGCAAAGCCAACACUUGCAGCCUCUUAAUAUAUUUUUUUAACUUUUAAGUAAGUGAAUAAAGUCAGAUAUAUGUAAGAUUAAAUUAAGAAGUGUUUAAAGAUGUCAGCAACUAUAAAAUAUAUAAGAUUUUUAGAAGCACUAUAUUUUAUGAUUAGGCUGUGUGUUGGAUUAUAACAAAAUAUUGACCUUGGAGUUCCAGUGAUUUCCUUCACAGUCAGCAGGUUCUGGUAAGUAUUUUAUAGAAAGGCAAAUAUGGGUGAGUACAAGUACAACACAGAACGUGUUGAAAGAGCCAGCCACUAGUAAUUGGUUUAGGAAAAGAUUCUGCACUUUUGUGAAGAAUGAAUGGCUAUCAGCACAGAAGAAUAUUUUUUGCAAAGAUUUACUUUGAGUGUAGGUAACUGGAUUAAAAGUAGUUGAUAGUGCAUAGCUCAUGAAAUUAGGGCCUGAGCCAUAAUCACUUGAAAUCGAUAGAAGUCUGUUAUCGAUUCCACUGGAAGUUGAGCAGAACCCUCAAGGAGUUCACCUCAAUUAGGAAAUUAUGCUAACCUGAUAGCCUCUGUUAUUCUGUUGCCUCUAAGCUGCUUUCCCCUUUUGUCUUAGUAUUUUGUCUCUAGUAAAUGGACUGUUCAUCAUGUGCCUUUUACGAUAUUUUGUUUGGUUACAAACCAGCAUGUGAUUUUGAAUAAUCUUGUUAGAUUUCUGUGCAUAUUUCAUAUUCACCACCCUUUACGCUUCCCUUUCCAUUCUGCCUUAUCAAGAAGCAGCAAGAUUUGGCAAACAGAACUGGAUGUAACAUACUGGCUGUUUGUGUAAUGUUCAUAGCUUCUUGUUUUGAAAACAACUGGCUCUCCUGACUGUAUUUUCAACGUACUAUGUAAUUAGAGCUUCUCACGUGUUUUGGCAUAAUGCAUUCGUAGCAUGCCAUGAUCCAGUUGUGUCUGUAGCGUAACUUGAACAGUCACAUUCACAUUUGGAGAUAUAUGGUAACUGGAAGUCUAGUUAUGAGUUCGAAGUUUAAUAAACAUUGACUUUCA